GGCUCAGAACUAUAAGAAGAGGCUCUCUCCCCAUCGAAUUUCCGCUAGCCAGACUGAUACAUCAUUUUCUCUUCACAAAUCUUUCCACUCUCGUCUUUCUCCUCCACAAGUCUUUAAAAAUGGCGCCCACUCCAGAUAUCCAUCUCUAUACAUCCCAAACUCCCAAUGGAGUCAAGAUCUCUAUAACCCUCGAAGAGCUCGGGCUCCCGUACAAAGUCACACAUGUUGCCUUGGGAAAGAUGGAGCAAAAAACCGACUCCUUUCUAGCAAUAAACCCGAAUGGUCGGAUCCCCGCUCUCACGGAUAAGUUCACUGAUGGCGAGACAAUCAACCUCUUUGAAUCCGGCAGCAUCCAGCAGUACUUAGUUGAUGAGUAUGAUAAAGAGCACAAGAUCUCGUAUCCGAAAGGUACAAGAGAGUAUUAUGAGACCAACAACUGGUUAUUUUUCUUGAAUGCUGGCGUUGGUCCUAUGCAAGGGCAAUCGAACCACUUCACCAAUUAUGCCCCCGAGACUAUCGAAUAUGGAAUAAAUCGAUACCAGAACGAGACCCGUCGUCUGUAUGGCGUAUUGGACAAGCACCUAGAGAAGUCGUCGUCGGGAUACCUUGUUGGUGACCGAUGCACCAUUGCUGACAUUGCUCACAUUGGCUGGAUUUCGUCUGCGGCCUGGGCGGGAAUCGAGAUCGACGAUUUCCCAACUCUAAAGGCGUGGCGUGACAAGAUGCAAGCCAGACCAGCAGUCAAAAAGGGGAGCGAUGUACCAGUCCCAAAGCCCAAAAUUGCUACCACCCCUGAAGAGAAGAGGAAGCAGGCAGAGGAGACCAGGGCCUGGGUUCAACAGGGUAUGAAGGAAGACGCAUCGAAGAAUAAGAUUUAAGUAGGAUUAUCUGUUAAAAGGGAACAUGACGAAUCUGAAUGCCUAGUUCUUGUGCUGCUUGAGAGUUUUCAUAGUCACUGUGCCGAGUAGUAUUAUCAAAGAUCUCGAUUAUCUGUUAACACGUAUAAUUGCCAAUAUUUUGUUCAUUGCCAUGUACAAGCUCUACGAACACUUUUGGGCAGCAUGAGUAAUAGAACCUGGUCAUUCGGUAUUGGGAUUCUAUUAUACACUGGCGCAGUUGCCAACCUGAAAAACAAACGAGAAGCUAUCUGCCUUGCCGUGGCCUAGAAAUCAAUAGUAGUACAGAAUCGCGUGAAGAAUGGAGCUGGGUAGUAUCUGAAAAAUCCAAUUCACUUGACGGCAGUGGUAUAGCAAUCGGCAAAUAGUACUCUCACAAAACCUUGC